AGUGCGACAAAUUCGUUACUAUUUAGGGUUUACGUGUCCAAUACAAAUCUUGCAAAGCUAGAUAUUUCACCGGUCUAAAGGCCCUCUAGCGGGGUUUCUUUGUAGUACAGUGGAACUUUGAGGUGUAGCUUCUUGGUACACACUAGUAUUGCUUUUUUGAGAAGCGAAAUUUUGGGAUAAUGAAGAAAUUUUACAUUUGUUAGCCUUAGUGAAUUUGUGUAUUGUAUUAACAUAAGUUUGGUAAAGGCAGUUGUUUUAAUUGUUGUUCUAUUCUAUAUUCACUGCAUUGACGGGUCUUAACAAUUUUCAAUGCAAGAGUGUGUUUAUUUCCCAUCUCAACAGUUUCCUUCCUUUUAUAGUGACCAUGAGAACACCCCUUACAUAGUUUCCUAAUAUGGGCGUUGCCUGUCUUUAAAGCAUCAUUCUCUUUUAUGAGGAAAAGAUAUGGCCCGCCUGCCCGCACUAACUACCGUCUGAUUGUUGAGAAAUUGUCCAGUCGCUGUAGCUGGCAAGACUUGAAGGAUUACGUGCGGCAAGCUGGAGAAGUCACCUUUGCUGAUGUGCACAAGCAGAACAGGAAUGAGGGGAUUGUGGAUUUCGCCACCUACCGAGACAUGGAGAAUGCCCGGCGUAAGCUUGACGGGACUGAAAUCUAUGGUCGUAAGAUCAAACUGGUGAAGUCUUAGCCCGCAUAAAGCACUACCGAUAUGGGGAAUCAGCAAGGAAAAGGACUGAUGAAUAUGGACUUGAGAAUUGUAGCUGCAUG